UGAGUCCGAUUGAAACCGUCGACAUGAGCCGUGGCAAGCGGCGCAACAAGCCCAAGCGCCUUGGAGGACCCGACCGCGGCGACGAGGCCAACAUCAAAGACACCGACAACGACGAGGACGCGGCUGCCGACGGCAGUCCACCAAGUGGGGCCGCCAAUGGCGCCAGUAGUACAGACACGGCGCUCUCCUCCGAGGCCCAACAACCCACCGGCACGGCCGACGCAGAAACGUCGUCCAGUCCCGCAGAGCCACCAAUGGCUACAUCACCGGCCACAGAUCCCUCCCCACCGGCCAGAAUCGAUGAUGCAACGACGUCAGCGAUCGACGUGCACCCGCCGUCUACUAGUAUAUCAGAAACCACCACAUCAAAGUCCACAUCAGUGGCCAGAUCAGAAGCUAGAUCAGAGACCACAUCACAAGCCAGAUCAGAGAACGCCACACCCAUGUCCGAGACACCAGUGUCGGCUAUCCCAGUAACGCCAGUGGUCCAGGCGUCUGCAGUCUCUGGGGCCACCACUGUGGACAGUGCGACAGCUGUAGCCGCCGAGAAAAGGACUCUUUCCAAUACUGACGUGGCUGACCGCUCGCGUCGACUCCUAACGCGGCCCGAAGCCGAGCGCAUCGUCCAGCACCUCGUCUUUGGUCUGCUGAAGGCGUCCGUGCCGCUCGUAUCUUUGCUCAAACCACGACCGACGCUUCAAGAGCUUGCGUUUCAACUACAGGCCGAGUGUCAGAUCGGCCUGACAUCAACAGACCUCCAAGCACUGCACGUCUACUUCCACGUCGCCGACACAAACAUGUUUGACGCGGCGUCGUGCUUGGCCUUUGCUGCCACCAAGGUGUUUGUGGUCGAGCUCUAUGAGUUUCAACUGCGCAAGGCUAUUUUGGAGAAAGCGACCAAGCUCCGAGGCAAAGCCGACGUGCCUCGCACGCUUUUGCAGCUGCUUCCAGAUACCACGACCUCGUUUGAGCCCGCCGAUUUGAAUACACUCGCCGUGGAGAAGCUCGGCCUUCCCAGCAGCCCGCACUGGGUUCUCCACUGCGUUAUCGGUCGCAUUGCCCGUGCUGGGUUCGAAAAAGCUGCUCCCAAGACGCCACCGGCGUACCCGUUGGCCGCCUUUCGACGGCACCUGGGGCAGUUUGUUGCACGCGCGGCGUUCGAUCCCGACUCGGUUGAAGGGGCGCUGCGGUCGCUCGUACAAGCUGACGCAGUGCAAGGGUUCCUAGCCAUUGACACGGACGGCUCGGGCACGCUCUCUCUCGACGAGUGCACGACGUACCUCCAGGCGCAGCACUUUGCGGGUUUUCCACGAGGCGUUUUGCGGGAUUUCAUGGCGCGUUUCGAUCGGGACGGCGACGGCACGUUGAACUUGGACGAGUUUUUGGCCGUGUGUCGACCGAAAGAACAGUUUGGUCUUCAGGUCGUGACGCCGUUUGGCUCGUUUUACAUGGCGAUGCCGAUGAUGACGUUGGUCAAGGACCUUGUUCCUAAGCUCCACAAGCGCAUGUUUUGGCUCCAGCACAACCACAUGCUGGGCAACGCCGACCCGAGCACAGCAGGCAAAAUGCUCGUGUCGGUGGACCGAUUUGUGAUUCAACGACACUUUGGGGCUCUCCCGCUUGUCUACGGCGCGAACGAUACGGUGCAGUCCAUCUUGAUGCCGGGCGAGCUCCUCGUCGUGAUGGAAACCACACCGACAGGUCCGUCGUUGGUGUCGAAAGAAAAGUACAUAGGAAAACGAGUCGCGCCUUUGCAGCGGCCGUUGGCAGCAGUCCCCGCCCCCAAUGCCCCCGUAGAAGUAGAAACAACACCCGCUGCCAUGGACUUGGGGGCACUGCGACGGCCGCGCCCGCCGAAACCAACGCUGUCGCUGUCGCUGCCACCGGACGUGAGCGCGUGGACGCCGCUCGACGUCAAAAAGUGGGUCAUCUAUGACCUCAAGCUGCCGACGCUGGCGGCAAAAGUGAGCCAAGUCGACGGCAAUUCGCUCUUGGGCCUCGCGCGCACCCCGUCCGCGCUUGAGAAGACGCUCACUCAUACCUUUCACAUUCACUUACCGCUCCAGCGACUCCAGCUCCAGCAGGCCAUCCUCCGCCUCUUGCCACCUUCUGCCACGACGACGACGCGCCAGAAACAAGCGAAGGCAAGGACGAGCUGUCGGACGAAGACCAACAGCACACCACAGCGCGAACACGAGAACCAUCACGACACAGGUGCAGAGGUAUUCCUUGCCGACAACGCGCCCAUGGAUCCUGCAGGACCAAACAACUCGGACGACCGCGGCGCAGCCAACCCGGACAACCGCAGUGUCGACGAGGAGGACGAACGCAGUGUAGUCGAGGAGGACCGGGAUCUCGUCAACCCUAGCCCUUCGCCGCCCCGCGCUACAUUGCGAACGGUGGGCUCAACAAUAAGCACGAACGAGGAGAAUGCAGAGGACGACGAGGAUGAAUGUCCCGACGCUCUCUUGGUACGAUCUUCUUCCACGGCGGCCAAGACCGCGGGUUCAAGUCCCGAUUUGGAUGGAUCCAUGGACGAGCCGGCGCCGCGUUUUGACGGCAGCUAUAGUGACGACGGCGGUAGCGACAACGACGCCUUGCCAAGCUUUGCGGCGCCGCAUUCUUCGAGAAGCUCCGACUCGGACGACGAACUGCCUGUGUUUGCCCUGUAACCCAGUUUUGAACCCGGUGGCACAUGCGACAUGA